AUGAAAGAAUUCAAAAAUAAGCAUAACAAUAUGUUAGCAAACAAAAUGAAACAUAAUAAGAUAAAUCAUGCAUUGUUAUCUUUUGAAGAUGCUUUUAGAGAUUACAACUCUAAUGAAGUAGAACAAAUGCUUGGAAAAUCACAAAAUAACGAAUCACUAAGAUUGUACUUCAUCGGCCUAAAAAAUGAACUGUUGGAACUUUCAAGAACAUUUUGUAAUUCGCAUAUUUUAGUGUCAAAACAAGCAAUUCGAAAAGAAAAGAAACACGAAAUAACACAGUUUAGUGCGGAAUGCGAGAAAAUUAUGAAAGAACAGCCAAGGUGCUAUUACGUACAGAAGAUGGAAGAGAUGCUGCAUGAAAUACUUCAAAUGAGCAUUAAAACGGGUAAGUACGCAUUUAUACAUGAUCUUAUGUGUGUAUUCAUUCAU